GGUUAUUUUGAUUUGAGGUUAUUUUUGAUGUUUAGUGAUUUGUAAACAUUUUUAAUAAAAUAUUUAUUUUCUAGUUACUUAAAUAAUUUAACCGAAGAAAGAUACACCGAACAAAGCAAUGAACACUUGUAAAUUAUUAAAUAAAAAUGCGGUCCGAACACUAAAAAGAUUUUUGUAUCUACAGCAGAAUAUGUGUGGUUCGUCAUGUGCAGCAACACGAUGUUGGAAAUGGGAUAUACCAGAAAGAUUUUCAAAUCGCAAUUUCUUAUCAACGAAUUAUGCCAUAAUGGUCCUAAACCGGCCUGUAUGUCAAGAUAAAGUCUUCAUAGAGAAUUUGUGGAAUAAUGCAAUUGUAAGAAUAACAGUAGACGGGGGUACUUCAAAAUGGGACAACUAUGUCAGAAAUCUACCUCAUGAGAUGCAGACAAAUAUGAAAAGACCUGACUUGGUUACUGGAGACUUUGACUCAAUAACAGAAGACACAUUGGAGAAAUAUAAAAAGCAAGGCCUGAGGCCAGCACCUUUUGCCGACCAGCCAAGUGUAAUAGUUCACACUCCAGACCAAAACCACACAGACUUUACCAAAGCUCUAAUGGAACUCUACACUUACUGCCAGAGCAAUGAAUUACUGUUGGACCACGUGAUUGUUCUAGGUCAAGCGUCAGGCCGCCUGGACCAAAUACUAGGGAACAUUCAGACUCUGUUCCUUGCUAAAGAGCAGAGCCUCUUAGGCCAUUCCACCGGACUCUACCUAUUGUCUGAUGAUGCAUUGUCGUGGCUUCUCAACCCUGGAGACCACGUGAUACAUGUCCCAGAGGAAAUCAGGAACCAUAAAAGAGUGUGGUGCUCUUUGGUUCCUAUUGGCGAGACUUGUGACAGUGUCACCACGAGUGGACUUAAGUGGAAUCUUGAUAAUUCUACGCUAAAGUUUGGAUGUCUCGUGAGUACAUCAAACACUUUCAGUGGAGCUGAAAAAGUGACGGUUAAAUGCAGUCACACGAUACUAUGGUCCAUGAAGAUACCUGGUAUUUUAAUGUGAUUUCGCUAUGGAGAGUACUUACUGAAUAGUUUUUAACUCUGAAAUAACCGUUUUCUAUUGGAUGUGGCUUUAUUUGUUGGUUCCGGUCGAAAUAAGAUAUUUACAAACCAUUAGGGAAAAUAUUUAUGACUCGGCCAUGGUUUAUCAAUGUGAUUUUUAUAAAAUCGACGACUAAACUGAUAUUAGAACAAAAUUUAAAACUAACUUACAUAUUUUUACUUUAUCUCAAAAAUAAUUCAGAAUGUAGUUUCAUCACCCUUUUGUACUUGCUGUUAAUUACGUUAUUUUAUAUCAUUAAGAACUUAAUUGCGUCUAGGCAUUAGGUAAGUGUAGGAUUAAUUUAAUAAAAUGCACUGCCAUGGGAUAAACUAGAUGCCUGAACCUGAAAGUUAAGACCUGUUCAUGUGAAUUUCAGUUUAUGGUAAGUGUCCUGUUUAUCAAAGGUCAACAAGUUCUGUGUUCGAAAAAUUGUAAAUGUAAAUUUAUGUACUGCGAUAUUUACUGAAAUCUUCACUUACAGUUUGUACACUACUAAUUCUACAAGUAAAUACUUUUUAAAUAUCAGCUUCUACAAGUAUAACGUCUGAACUUUUAAUAAACAGAGCACUUACUUGAUUCAUAGUAGCUGUUAAAUA